AUGCGAAGACCCCCCUACGGAAUACAUAACCCAAAUCGCCCCUUUUGUAGAAUUUUUUUAAAUUUCAUCACAAGCUUAGAAAUUUCUCCAGGUCAACAUUUAGAAAUUGCUAUAAUUGACGAAGCAUUGGUUAAGGUGAGGAACAUACUUGGAAUUUGGACUGCUUCUGGAGAAAUACUAAGUCUUCAUGGUGGUGCAGAAUUUAUUUGGAAGGGACAAGGGGUAGUUGGAAAAGCAUUCUCAUCCAAAAGUGCAUGCUUUUGUAGGGAUAUAAGACAAUUAAGCAUAACAGAGUACCCGUUGGUACCCAUUACACGACGCUUUAAGUACCCUGCCUGUUUUGCAGUUUGUUUGCAGAGCUCUUGCCCGAACAAGUGCAUUUACGUACUGGAGUUCUUUUUACCUAUGAAUGAAAAACCCGAUGGGGAUCUUGGGACAUUGUUGAACGAGCUAAUGGAAACAUUGAAAGAAAGUCUCCAGAGUUCUUUUAAGAUCGCUUCAGGACAAGAAUUGGGGCAGAAAUUGACUGUUGAGGUUAUAAAGGUCUCUCCAGAGGAUGAAUUUGAUUCUUUUGAAAUCUGCAGUGCUACUAGUAUCGAAUCUACACCUAGGCUUGGAGAAGUACAAGGAGCAGAAGGAAUGAUGCAACUUGAUCUCUCAUGUCAACAAGUUGAUGCUGCAAAUGGUUCUAUGAAUGGUAUCCAUGAACAGCAGAAUGGAAGUGUUGGAUCUACACCUCGGCUUGCAAAAGGAAUGAUGCCUGUUUAUUUCUCAUCUCAGCUAGUUGAUAAUGCAAAUGCUUGUAUAAAUGGUGUCCAUGCACAGCAGGGUGGGAUUGUUGGAUCUCCACUUAGACUAGAGCAUGUGCAGGGCUUUGUCAACAUAUCAUAUCAAGAAUUAAAUCUUGCAGGAAUUGAUGUUGCGCACAAUUCUAUGAAUGGUAUUUAUGAAAAGAGAAAUGGAGUUGUUAGAUCUUCAACACAGGAGGUUGUGCAAAACAUGGUCAGCAUAGCACAUGAUGAACCAAUUGUGGAAGAUCCUCAAAGAGAUGGUGCUAGAAUAGAACAGAGGGACAAUGAAGUGACUAAUUUAAAAAUGCAAAAGCCUAGAUGUACUUUAAAAAGUGACCUUGGAAUUACUCGUGAGGUUCUUGAACAAAAUUCUACGAGGAGACUUGGAGAUGCUGCAAAAAAUAUUGGAGUUAGUCAAUCUACAUUGAAACGCAUAUGUAGGGAAUAUGAUAUUCACAGAUGGCCCCCUCGUAAAGCAGGGAAGGAUACUCAUGAACACCACCAAUCAGGUGCAACAAGGCUAGAAGAUGACAAUGGCAUGUGGGUGAAGGCAGAAUAUCAAGGGUGCAUGAUAAAGUUCAGACUUCCAUUUUCUGCCCGUAAAAUCGAUUUGGAGGAGAAGGUAGCACAGCGACUGAAUCUAGCCAUGGGAAGUUUUAAAAUUGAGUAUCAGGAUGAAGAUAACGAUUGGAUAUGGAUAACAUGUGAUGAAGAUCUGAGAACGUUUAUGAGCACAUUAAGUUCACUAGGUAGGACUACAAUCAAAAUGGUCUUCUAUGUAAAUCCCAACAUUGGGUAUUGCCAUUCACUCUUUUCAGUUGCAGUCUAUAAGGUUAUGGCAAGUUAA